AUGGAUUACGCCAAGGAACAAAAUAUCUUAAAUAUGGAACAAAGAAACAGAAAUCAAAGGAGAAGAACAGGAGGAGGAAAUUACAACAACAGGAGAAACUAUAAUAAUCAAAAUAAUAACAGAAAUGGUGGUGGAUACAAUAACCGUCGUCAGAAUCAAAACCAAAAUCAAAAUCAAGGUCAUAAUUAUAGUAGUCAUGGUCAUGGACAAGGCCACGGACAAGGUCAAAGUCAUGGUGCUAACCAAAGCAAAUUUUAG